AUGGACCAAGGAGUCCAGGUCCGCUGUGUGGCCUCUGGUCCCGGUCUGGACCGAGCUGUGGUGAAGGAGGAGGAGGUGGAGGAGGUGAUCAUCAAACAGGAGGAGGCGCCGCUGGACCUGUCUGUCCUCGAGUCCAGAGCAGAAGAACCGAGAGUCCGGGACCCUGAGGUCUACAGCGACCGGAAACCUCUGUGGGGCUGUGCAGGCGGAGGCCACGCCCCCCACGUCUCUACAGGAGGCCACGCCCCCCACGUCUCUGCAGGAGGCCAUGCCCCCCACGUCUCUGCAGGAGGCCACGUCUCUGCAGGAGGCCACGCCCCCCACGUCUCUGCAGGAGGCCACGUCUCUGCAGGAGGCCACGCCCCCCACGUCUCUGCAGGAGGCCACGCCCCCCACGUCUCUGCAGGAGGCUACUUUCCCCAUUCUGGAGGCCACGCCUCCUCUGCAGGAGGCCACACCCCCUCUUCAAAAGGCCACGCCCCCUCUGCAGGAAGCUACACCCUCACUGCAGGAGACUACACCCCCUCUGUAGAAGGUUGCACCACCGCUACAGAAGGCUACACCCCCACUACAGGAGGCCACGCCCCCCACAUCUCUGCAGGAGGCUACUUUUCCUAUUCCGGAGGCCACGCCUCCUCUGCAGGAGGCCACACCCACUCUUCAAAAGGCCAUGCCCCCUCUGCAGGAAGCCACACCCCCACUGCAGGAGACUACACCCCCUCUGUAGAAGGCCACACCCCUGCUACAGGAGGCCACACCCCCACUACAGGAGGCCAUGCCCCCUCUGCUGGUCUCAGUCUGAAGGAGGAGGUGGAGGAGGUGAUCAUCAAAGAGGAGGAGAUGCCGCUGGAAGUGACUGAGUCGUCUGAGGGUCUCUCUCUCGGUCACAUGAGCUCAGAGUCCGAGGGCUUCACAGACCAUUCCUCUGACGACGAGGACUGGACUGCUCCGGUCCACGACUCUGGAGGUGACGUGAAGGAGCACCAGCCCAAGGCAGUUCGGUUGCAGCUGGACCAGCAGAUCCUAGAGCUCCUGAACACCAGGGACUUCACUGCAGAAGAAAAGGCUCAGGUGCAGAAGGUUCUGCAGCAGGACCAGGUCUGUGGAUCACCUCUGCCCUACAUCUGGAGCGGAGACCAGAGGAACAACGGACGCCGCAUGUGGACUGUGCUGAAAGAGCUCAGGGACAAGCGGAGACAACGGUUUCUCAGAACUUUGAAUGGCUAA